AUGCGCGUCCAUGUCUGGCCGUCGCGUCUGGACGGCCCUGCCUUUCCUCUUGCUCGACCACAGACAUGCCGACGGCGCGUCGUCACGGAGGCGGGUGGCGUCCUCAGUGUUAUCGUGUCCAUCGGCUUGAUCUGCUUUGCGCUCGACAUCUUUGCUUCGUACCUUGCAACCGAUUUUUUUGUCCCCGACUUUGACGCGAUGGCCCACGUACUCGUCACUACGCUGAACCACGAGCUCGCACUCGAUGGCACCGGCGCCUUGGAUCUGGUGGCGCCACAAGCGGCCUACAUUGCGGCGCUGCCCAGUGCGCCGAGCUCUGCAUAUGCGCGGCUCCUCAUGUACGACGAUCUCACAACCGUGCAGAGCGCCGUCCGCGGUCUCCGGCAGCUUGCGGCGUCUCGCGUCGUCAGAAUGGUGUCGCCAUACUGCUGGGUUGACUUGCAAAAGCGUUGGGAGCUGGCCUAUACCGUACGUCGGCAAGCGCGCUGUGCGAGGUUCGAUGCCGCCAACGGCGCCGUGCACCUCGAGACCAUUUUGCGCAACAUCAAGUGGAAGUCGUUCCUGGCGUCAACCCAAGGCCGGUUUCUCUCGACGAUCGGGACGCCGAUCGCAGAGUCGAGCGAGGACGGCGCAAAAUGGCUUGCAGCCCUUCAGAUACACACAUGGGUGGCCGAAAGCGAUGAAGCCGCGCUCUGGCAGCGACAUGGCAUCGAUCGCUUUGCGCUGCAGUACGGGACCGGCUACGAUAUCGGUGUCUCGGAAACGAUCGAGAUGGCGAAUGCGCUCGGGCAGCGCCUCUUAUUGCCGCUCAAGGCCAAGCCGAUGUUAAAUCGCUGGGCAUUUCGGACCACCAACGUCCUGUACAACCUUCUCUACAACGACUUGUACGCCAUUGGGACCAACCAAAGCCUUGUGCGGGGCACACACCGCUACUUUGGCGAUGUUGAUCCGAACCAGAUAGAGACCUAUUGCCAAGGAUACCCACUGCGUCUGCUGCAGCAAGUUUUACAUGAUGGUAUCGGGCCUCUCGGCAACAUUGACAUCAAGUGGGUACCGGCACCGCGCAGCUUGAUUCGCUCCGUGAGCCUCUUUCACGCCGACCUCACCGAGCGCCUACUAACGACGCCAAGCGCGUCCGGAAAGCUCGGUCGCCACACGUUGCACCCGCGCCCUUUGCGCUGGAAGGACGCGAAUUUUCGCUUUCUUACGGGCAACCCGAUGUGCACCUUUGGGGGGCCUAUGCCUUUCGUGCAGCAAACGUUUGGCUUUGACGAUGUCUGCGGCGCUCAAGCCCCCUUGACGCUCGAGUGGCACGUCUACAAUGCACUCUUCGCGCUCGCUUUGUACGGGGCACACCCAAGCACGACCUGCGCACCCUUCGUCGACGGUGAUGCAUGCCUACGACUCGUUGCCGACGCCAUGUCCCUGCAAAGUACGCUACCUCUUUUGACGCCACCCACGUCCUGGACCGAUGACGUGGCAGCGUACAACGUCGGACUGUUUCAAAUGCUGAUGCGCAAUACGACAGCAGCCAUCGAGCUGGACCUGCAACCACUGCUAUCGCCCGACUUUGCAUUCCUCGGCGCCAUGUACCUCUACGACUGGGCGCGGAAUCAGCGCGAAGUGGUUCAGAUCCAAGGUGACGUGGCGUCCUUCACACUCAUGUCGUCUCUGUACCUUCCACUACCAAGUACAAAGGACGACGCGUCUGCACCCAGGAGUUUGGGACCAUAUCUCUCCUUCCUGGCAAUAGUCACGUCAGGCACUCUCGUUAUUACGGGGGGACUCUUGCUCUGCGUUGGCUGGCGCACGCGAAGCGCUAUAUCCCACGACUGGUGGAGCUUUGUGCCGCUCACGGCUUCCGUUUGGGUGAGCCGCAACCUCCUCGUCCUUCGCAGCGUCGCGGCCAUUCUAUGCUUGGCCGCGGUACCGCUCGGCACUUCAACGACGACGAGUGGGUUCAUUCGGCUAGUCGAAGGGCCGCGCUCCAUCUUGGUGUCCAGCGUUCUCGCCCUCGAGAGCCUUUGGCUCAUGCUCGUCGCCCACAAUGUGCUACUGCCGCUUCAGCGCACAAGCAUUCGCACGUCGCCGUUGCACGCUUUCUCAUGCUGGUGCGCAAUUCUUGCGCUGGAUCAGUUGGCGCCACUGACGCUGUCUGCGUCACUCGAUCGGCAGUGCUACACAGUUAACAUGGACUCGAUGGUGUACUGCACCAGCGGUGUAGUGCACGUCGGUAGCUUUUCGCGCGUACUCGUCAUCCUGAGCAUCGCCGCCUUUUUCAUUUGCGCAUCGUUCGUUACAGCAUUUUGCCGCCGAGUAUCAAGCACCGAGACGCCUCGCCCAAACGCGAUCUUGCCAUUGCUCUCUCCUUGGCGCGUGACGCCCGCCGGGCAUGCAGUGAGUGCGACGGCCGCGGUCAUGUGUGGCCUCUUGCCGCUGCGCUGGCGCGGCCGUACCUACCUUUUUGACAUCAAGCUCUGGCUAUUGCUGUGUGCCGACGACCGUGUCUUUGACGAUGGCGCAGAUGGCGCUAUUGUACUUCCUUUCAGCGCGCCGCCGAGAACGGUGAGACAAACAAGUGGGAAUUUGACGUUGCAGCGCUCGUCCUGGGAACGACUGCUUCGCGUCUCGGGCGUGGUGUACAUUGGCCUCACGCUCUGGAGCAACACGGCGUACUUGGGCGUGUUGCAAAAGUCGCUCGCAAACGAUUUUGGCUGGGCUGGCUUCAUCGCCACGGGUAUGCACGCGUUCCUUGCCAACACGUUCAACGCCCAGCUGCUCACUUCGGUCGACGCACCGAUUUUGCUGCAUGAUGCAUCGUUCGCGGACCCGCUGCAGCCAUACAAUAGCUCGAGCAGCAUCGUGGCAGGGUACCCGACGAUGGCGCGGCGGUACCUCUUGAGCACAGCUCCGCCACUCGAGGAUCUGGUUGCGGGGCUUCGCGCUAUGGACCCGUGUCAAUUACCGUGGAUGUUCACGCAGUACUGCUGGCUCGAUGUGAACCAACGCUAUGAGAUGGCGAGCACGCACUCCCGCCAAGCACGCUGUAGGGGGCAUGCGGCUAACGGCGCUCUGUACCUCGAGACAAGCUUGCGAAAUGUGCGCGACUGGGCUCGAUGGCGCUAUUGCUGGGGCGACUCGUUUGAUAUUGGGUUUGGUCGCUACUUGGAAUCGUCCGAAGGAGGUCGCUUUUGGCUGGACGAGAUAGCUCGGCCACAGGUGCUCUCGGUCUCUGAGGAAGUUGACUACUGGCGCGCACACGGUAUCACGCAGUUUGUGCUGCAGUGGCAGAAUUUUAAGGACACGGGCCUCGACGACGCCAUGGUCGUCUCGUCGGCGCUUGGCUUGUCGUACACACUCCCCAUCAGCCAGCGCGCCGGUGUCAUGCACUUGGAUCGCCAGACGUCGCAUCGUUUUUACUGGGCCUUUGCAAGCGACCUUUGGGCUAUCAACACCAAUACUACACGCAUUGGUGGCCGUUCGCUUCUCCGGCAAAGUCCCGAGUUUGCCUUUGCCAAUGCGACACGCGCCAGUUUGCUCUUUGAAAACCUAACCCUCUCGUCGCCACUUCUUCUCGGUCUGCACCUCGUAAACGCCUCGAUAGGUCCUUUUGGGGCCGUCGACAUGAUCUACAUUAGCUGCCCGAGGUCCCUCCUAGACUUCUACGACGCAGUGCGGCAGUCCAUUGCAACCGAGACGACAAAGAACCUUUCCGCCCAACGGCAGCUUUUAGCGCUACCUGCAAAACCCUACAUCGGCCACGUGCCCAUAACUCUUCUGACCGACCCGGAUGUCGGUAUCGUCGGCGGGGAUCUCACCUGCGGGAAUGACAUUCAAGUGUCGCCGCCGUCCGGGGCGCUCUACGCGCUCUUUGGCGCCGACUCGCUCUGUUCGUGGUGGCAUUUAGAGUACUUCACGCCGUCGACGCUUGGCCUUCUCUUUGCGCUUUCGGGUUUUGACGCGGUGCAUACCAUGCAACCAGAUACGGACUUGGCGGCGUUCUGCGCACGCGAUGUGUACGCCGAAGCGGCGUGCGUUGCCAUCUACAACGCUUCGUUUACGUUGGCGAACAGCACGCUGUGUCGGUUGACGGCGUCGCUGCGGUCUUUGGCGACGGCCGCCGAGUCGGAGGCGCGCGCGCUUGAUAUCCAAACAGUUCAGUUCCUUGUCAAGCCAUACAACAGUUCCAACGUCCAGCUCUACAAAAUCAAUAUUUUGGACGCAAGCGACCGGUCUUGGCUCUUUUUCGGGUGGAACUACUUGGCCGAGUGGGUUCUUGGGCUCCGCGAGGUUGUCUCCUUCCAGGGCGAUGCUGGUGCGAUCACCGCCAUCUCCAAGCAGUCAAAGCCCAUGACGCUCGCAAUCGAUGACGCGGCCAUCCCAACCCGUCUCUCGUUUGUCUGCCAGCAGUGCGUACGCUACGUCACCGGUACCAUCAUGCUCGGUGCGGCCAUCGCCGCCCUUUACGCUCUUUUUGUUUGCCGUGGCGCGUACGAAGGCGCGAAUCUCUUUGCGUUGAAUCGACUCGUUGGGCAUGCGUGGGUCGGCCGCGUCUUGCUCAUUGUCCGCGGCGUGACUGCGCUAUGGCUUCUCAACACGCAGCCGCUCGAGCUCACGGCUGUCGGCGCAGGCGCUCGCUUUGUAGCUCCACCGCUCGCCGUCGUUCCGACGCUCCUCGGCGCGUCCGAGCUUUCGUGGCUUGUGUACAUAAUGAACGACGUCCUUAGCUGCGUCACGCGCCAGUACACGCCCUUUUAUGCGUGGAAGAGCUCGGUCGCAGCAAGCGCUGUUGCGGCCGCGUGGACGCUGGCGGUGCCGCAAGACUACACGGCCUUUGUGCGUCGCCGCUGCACCUACGUUGAUAUGGACCUGGCGCUCACUUGCACAAGCGGACACGUUGAGAUUGGCCGCGUGAGCCGCGUCUCGAUUGACGUGGCACUCUGUGUGAGCUGCGUCGUGGGAGCCGCCGUCGUCGAGCGGCUUCUGCGCCCGACGCUGCCACCGUCGCGCAUCACGUCGCUGUUUCUGAACGCGACGAGUCUGUACUCGUCGAAUCUGAGCAACUGGGCGAUUGGCGACGAGCAGUACACGGACAGGAUGUCGGCUGCGAUGGGCGGCUUGUUCACGUGGCGCUACCGCGGAGACUUGCACCUCUUUGACAUCAAGAGCUGGCGGCACUUUGUCGUUGCGCCCGAGACGACAACAUGCCCGUUUCCGACGUCGGCGGUGCUCCCACUGCACCGCAUUCGGUAAGGAUGAGUGUAUUCCUUGUCUGAUCGAACCGACUGGUACCGCAAGCUCAAAAACAUGUGAACCUUGCCAGUGGCUACCAUCGUAGCGAAACGAACACGAUGCAUGACCUUGUUGCACUGAUGCGUGCGUGGGUUAUCACAAUGCUCUCGAUGUGAGAUUUUGGGGUUUUGAUGUGCAGUGUCACGUUAAGCUACUUGACGGUCGUUG